AUGCCUGUGACCAGACUGAAGCUGGGGAAGCUAAAGGUGGUGCGGCGGCAGCUGCUGCAAAGGUAUGAACACCAGCCAUUUGUCUCCUGCCUGGCUGGCCUCUAUGGUUGCCAAUGGAGACGAUACCAAAGAGCCCGAGCGCAACCAGGAGAGUGCUGCUGCAGCAAGGUGGAGUGUGGCAGCUUUGGCCUCCUGAUCCUCACCUUCUUCCUGAGUUUUUUAUUCCUGUAUUUCUGGAGUGAAGCUCAGAAUGACUACAAUGACUUUGACUGGUUUAACUUUGGGAAUCUGGGUUUCUGGUUUCCCUGGUCUCUGGUCCUGCUGGUUGUUGCUGCUGCUCUCUUCACAUACAUCGCCCUUCUAUUGGUGCUGGCGGUUUGUCUGCUUUCUGAGGGUCAGAGGCUGUACCUCCACUGGAGCCACAAGACUGGCAUCGUGGUGACACUGGCGUUCUCCGUCACAGCCACCGCCAUCCUGUCUGAUCUCUGGAGCAAAGAAUGGAAGACUCUCCUUCUCUCCCUGCAGGUGACAGCACCUUUCCUCCACGUGGCUGCAGUCUUACUUAUGGCGAUUCUCUCCUGGCCAAUAGCGUUGCACUUCUACCGCAUGAACAAAAGAGUUCAUCAGGUGACUGUCCUGGGUCUCUACCUGUCUGUGCUGUUUUCUCUCUACCUGGUCCCUCUGGGAAUGUACUCCCCCUGCAUUAAGGAGGCAGGAACGCUGGGACCCGCCCCAACACUCAUUGGACACAGAGGAGCUCCGAUGCUGGCUCCAGAGAAUACUCUGAUGUCAUUUGAGAAGGCAGUGGAAGCUGGAGGAAAAGGACUGGAGACUGAUGUCACCAUCAGUUAUGAUGGUGUUCCCUUCCUGAUGCAUGACUCCACUCUGAGGAGAACCACUAAUGUUGCUGAGGUUUUCCCAAAUCGAACAUACCUUGAUGCCUCCAUGUUCACCUGGUCCGAGCUACAGCAGCUGAAUGCCGGCGACUGGUUCUUAUCGAGGGAUCCAUUUGGUACUGUGUCGUCCCUGUCUGAGGCUGACUGCUCCCAGGCCCAGAACCAGUCUGUUCCCUCACUGGCCCAGUUCCUGCAGGUAGCGGCCCGCAGCGGCAUACUAGUGCUGUUUGACCUCCGCCGGCCACCGUAUGGACAUCCCUACAGUCAAUUAUACAUCAACAUUACUCUGCAAGUGGUGCAGGCCCACAUUAACACGUCACAGGUGCUGUGGCUGCCGUCUGAGGACAGGGAACUGGUCCAGGCUGUGGACCCAGACCUGCAGCAGACCUCUGGAGAGAAGGCUUCUAUUCAGGAACUGACAGACGGCCACAUCACCAGACUGAACCUGCACUACAGCACCAUGUCACAACAACAGAUCAGUAAGUACCAGUCAGAGAACAUCAGUACUAACCUGUAUGUGAUCAGCCAGCCGUGGCUUUACAGCCUGGCCUGGUGUGCUGGAGCUCAUUCUGUAACCACCAACUCCAUCCACAUCCUGUCCAACAUCAAGAAGCCGCUGUUCCUAAUGACUCCAGAGGAAUAUAGUUUGAUGUGGAUUCUGACUGAUGCUGUGUCUGCCUUCCUCAUCAUUGCAGUUUUCAUAUUCCAUUGGUGGAGAGAGAGAGGCCUGCCCUUCUGGUCCGGCGGCCGUCAGACUCAGGAGAACGGAGCAUACAGCAAGUUCAGAACGGAGCUGAGUGAUGUGUGGUCCAUCUCCAGUGUCAACGUCCGGCCUGACCUGCGGAGCACGCCCAGUUCACCCAGUACCCCUCACCUGCCCACCAUCACAGAGGAGUGA